AUGACUGAUUAUGUUAAACAAUUGCGUCAAGUAAAAUUACCAGAAACGGAUAAAAUUGGUUCCUUUUGUAGUAAAGAAAUGUUUCUUGGUGGAUCUAUUGAAGAUGGUCCUACACUAGGACCAUUUCUUACUUUUAAAGAAUAUUUAAUUGAACAUUUACGAUGGGCUAUACAACGAAUUCAAACGGAUGAACAAUUAUUUCAGAUCGGAGAACAUUUAAUAUUAUCAUUACAAAAAAUAAUUGAUUGUGCUCAAACAGAUUCGAACUUGUCAAAUCCAGACAUCAAAUUUCAUAUGACUCAUACAGACUUAAAUUCAUCAAAUAUCUUAGUUGAUGAAAAUACUGGAAAAAUUUUAGCAAUACUUGAUUGGGAAAGAUGUGCAAUGACAUUUAAUAAUAAUGAUAUUAAAUUCAUUUCACACUGGUUUGAAGAUAAUCAACGAAAAAAACAAUUUCAAUCACUCAUUCAACAAGAACAAAAUUAUCUUGACUUACUCAACGAUGCAUGUAAUACGAGCAAAAUAAAAUCAUAUUUAGAUCUAAUGUAUCCAGCCAUGUAUGCCACAUUCUACAGUUGUACUUGA